AUGGCUUUAGUAUUUAGAACUAUGGCACAGUUAGCUGGGAUUUCCUUAUCUUUGUUGGGAUGGAUUUUAUCCUGUCUUACAAACUACCUGCCACAAUGGAAAAACCUCAACCUGGACUUAAAUGAAAUGGAAAACUGGACCAUGGGACUCUGGCAAACCUGUGUCAUCCAGGAGGAAGUAGGGAUGCAAUGCAAAGACUUUGAUUCUUUCCUGGCUUUGCCUGCCGAACUCAGGAUCUCCAGGAUUCUCAUGUUCCUGUCAAAUGGACUGGGACUCCUGGGCCUGCUGGUCUCUGGGUUUGGCCUGGACUGCUUGAGAAUUGGAGAGAGACAGCCAGCUCUCAAGAAGCGACUGCUAAUCCUGGGCGGACUCCUGUUCUGGACAGCGGGCAUCACGGCCCUCGUGCCGGUCUCCUGGGUGGCCCACAUGACCGUCCAGGAGUUUUGGGAUGAGACUGUCCCAGAGAUUGUGCCCAGGUGGGAGUUUGGGGAAGCCCUCUUUAUUGGCUGGUUUGCUGGAUUUUUUCUCGUACUAGGAGGGUGUCUGCUCAACUGUGCAGCCUGCUCAACGCAAGCUCCUCCAGCCUCGGGCCACUAUGCAGUGGCAGAAACACAAUAUCACCAUCAACACCUGGAGAUGAAAAACUCCCACCUGAAAAUCUAA